AUGGUCACUCAGAUUAAUAUACCAUCAGAUCUUACUGAUGCAAACAAAGCUUUCAUGUCUCAAGGCUUCAAUGCUGACUUGAAUUCAAUAAUACUGUGCUCUCUAUUAAAUGGAAUAUAUACUGGAAUUGUUGCUGUUACACUUUGGAAUAUCUGUUACUUUGACUUUCUAGCAGCAAUUGCAAGGGGCAUUGCUCCAACUCUUCUUGUUGGACAUGUUGCAGCAGGUCAUACUCAUCCAGACAAUUCUUGGCAGGAAAGCACUGCAUCAAGCUCACUUCACUUUGGGAUACAUUCUGGAGAUCAUGACUCCCAGCAGGACUCCAUAAUGAAUGGUGACCUUGAAGCUCAACAGAUGAUAGAUGAUGAAUAUGGCCAUCACAUUGCAGUGGAAUCCCAGGAAGAUAUUGGUAUCAACAGUUCAGAGGGCAUCAUCCAUAGAGACUAUAAUGGGCUUGAUGUGUUGGAGAUACAAGUAUAG